GCUUGUCGCUGUUGCCCACCACCUAGCCAACCAGGUACUAGUCUACUACCCAUUGAGUUGAGGUCUCCUACCAAAGACCCCGAAUCGUUGUUGUCGCGUGCCAGUUUUCACCUGCGAACCAGUCAGUCCUGCCAGUCUGGAGUCCGCUUCCACGCGAGUUUCUAGCCGCGCCAGCUCUCACGUCCUUCCGCUCCUUUCUCUGGCUCGAGGCGUUAGACUAGUCACUAGUGAAAGAAGGCUCGCCGAUGCUGGCUGUCAGUCUCGUCUGACAGGUGUCCGCCGCUUUCUGUGUCGCGAUCUCUUGAUUUCUGACUCGUCUAGUUUUCUUCUAUUACAUCAAGUAAUACAAAAAAAUACUCUACUCGGCGAGUCGCCAAACGUGCCUUGUGCUUUUCACUCGACUGCAUUUUUAAGUGGAUUUAUCAAUGGUGGUUAUCUGUCGAGCUUAACCUGGUUACUGAUAUUGGAUUUUAACAUUAGUGGAUAAGUAAAAGCGGUAUCGCUGGAGUGGAAAAGGGAGAUAAGCGAAAGGAAAUGAUGUGUGGACGAAAUAACAACGAUGGGAGUGUAAGAGUGUGGAAACCUUAGGGUCUUGUGGUUCAGUGUCCUGACGAAAAUUAUUAGUUACAUGCUCGUUUUCGAUUGACUGUAGGGAUCAGGUGAACAAGUGAAAGUGCAGAGGAUUUUUGUGCCAGCAUCCAAGAAGUUCGGCGAUUUUCUUAAUUGUUCUAUACAACCAGCAGGAUGCUCUCGUACGGCACGGUGACCUAGCAACGCCCGAUAGCGACCCCAGAGUCGAGAGCCAUUAGCGAUCAACAACCCUGAUCGCUCCCCUAUCUGUGGACGUAGAACGAUGAAGAGGAUUUAAAGCCCAAAGUUCGUCGCCAUGAAGGAUCACGGGAACGAAAACACUUCGACGGAGGUGCCCGUCCGGGCGCUGAAGUCUCUGUUGAAGAAGCCAGGCCAGACGAAGGGUAAAGGCCACAAAAACCGAGUGGUGAUAAACGAAAAGCUGAAUGAGUUUUUCGCUGCGGAUUAUAUCAUCCUGAUCAAGGAGGAAUGCUGUACUGAUUAUGAAGAGGAGUGCGAUUGCUGCUGCCAGGAGCAUGAGAUGAUCAGACUUGGAAAUUGCAAAGAGUGUAGAGCUGAGUUGAAUCUUCACUUUGGUGGUGACGGGAGAUUUGGAGACGGCUGUGAGGAUGAUGUGCAGGUUCAAAGGGAACAAGUGUUUGGAAGUGAGGAGUCUCUGGGGGAGGAAGAGGAGGAUGAUGAAGAUGAGAAUGAUGAGGAUGACGAGGAAGAGCCGGUGGAGAUCGGGGAAGUGACGUUGGAGGAAAAGAGAAACAUGGCUCCCCUACGAAGUCAACACCAGCAGCGGGAGACAUUGAGCCCACCGGAGGGUUAUAAGGACUUGUGCGUGGAAAACGAACUGGGGAAGGAGUCAGAACAUCGACUUGAGAACGUGUGUGCUGAGUGCAACUACUACCAAAGGGCGACAGAAGCUGAAGAAUGUGUCGACGGGAAAAUCGAGGAUUUGAAAAAUGCUCAAGAAUUGUCGAGACACUCCGAAGAUGGAAGUUUACAGCCAUCCAUCGAUCAAGCCCAACAAACGACUCCAGAUCUUCAUCAGCGUUAUCUCGUAGAAACGAUAACGAUGACGACGGUAACGGAGCGACGAAUAGUCCGGGAAAUUAGUGAGGAAGAACCCAGGCCUAUUGACGAGAUGGACUCUACCAAAGAAAAAGAUGUGCUCGACGCUUCGAAACCCGAAUUCGCCAUCUGUCCCCCGCCAGACACUAAAGAAAUAUCCGCAGGGCAGAGCAUCAGCGAAGAGGCCUCCAAGUCUCCAGAAAGCGCAACGAAAAUCGAUAAACGAGCCUCCAAGGAGAUUUCCGAAGCCUCAGAUCUCUCUCUGACCUUUAAGCGUGGCACGUCGCUCGUCACCAACAGCCUCAAGCCAAAUUCUGCUGUGAGACAACUCUUUCCAGACCCCAGAUUCAUAUCUCCGCCUCCAGCUCCUGCAAAGAAUAUUUCUCUCUCCGAUGCAGACGAUGCCGAGGAUGAGAAUUCUGAGGCUCAGAAGUUCCUCAUUACUACCGAAAGCUUGCGUCUUUUCGAUGCUGUGAAGAGAACUAAGAUUGCUGGGAACCGGAGCGACUCCUCUGAGAGUGAGUCUUCUAGCAUCAAGAGAACUAUCGAAAGAAACGCUCUCAGGAGAAGUCUCAUUUCGAAAUAUGAAAGUAACUCAAAGAAGAAGAAUCUGAGGGGCAAGGAUCUGACUUUGGAGGAAAGGAUAAGACAGUUGACUUGUGUGGAUCAGGACGAGGACACGGCCGACAGCAACUCCUCAGAAAGUGGCAGAACAGUCGAGGGAUGUGAUCAGAACAAUGAGCUGCCAGCUCGUACUUCGCCUUCUGGAGAGGAGAGACCCAAGAAUGAUCGCGUGCCCCGUACCAUGUGCCCGGAACAGGAUUCGACCCUCAUGACUCCUCCUCAGAACAUGAACCACCAUCAGUCCACUUACAAAAAGAUCACGGACCUCUUCGGGCAGAAGAAAAACGUGGAGAUGAACCUACCAGAUAUUGGACUAGGAAACAGGACCAAUAUGGGGAAGGAGUAUGUUUCAAAGUCUGCAAUCACGAAGAUGAAUUCUGAUGCUAGAAAGCAAUUCCUCGCGAGCCUUGCGCCAUUGUCUUGUGUUGCUUCGACAGGAGAAGGAAGGGAGGACUACUAUCGCCUCUCAUCGAAGAUUACUGGAAGUAAUAGGGACUCUGUGGGUUAUAAUUCUGAUUCCUCUUACAGUCUUGAAGAUAUUGAAGCUGCCCUAAGAGGAGAGGAGCGAAAUUAUAGAAACGCCGGACCACCUGAUGUCACGAGGGGAACUCCUACGAGUAUCGGGCCUGAUUCUGGAGAUGCUAGUGAUGAGUUGAUGGCUUUCGUUGAGCAGGACAAGUCCAGAACUGAGAGGAUCAAAAGACGAUACAAUGAUGUGGAUGAUCGGCACGAAGGGACUUCAGUUGACGGGGAAGUCAAGGAAAAUGGAAAGGAUAAGAAGGGAUGCGUGGAUGAUGAUGAUGAUGAACUCAAUGAUUAUGGAUUUAACAGACGUCCUGCAGUUCGGGGGAUUAAACCUCAGUUCGGGACAACAGAAGAAAUCGUUCAGCAACUGAGGACUCGAAGCGCCGCUGCUACUUCGUUUCCGGACAGAAACAGCCUGCCAGCGCAGUGGUCCUACUAUGAUAACAGCACUGAUAAUGGAGAGAAGCAGGAUUCCUGUGCGGACGAGGGUGGCAAUUCGGAGACAUACAGGGUGGCGUUUAAUAGCGAGAAUACUGGAAGUAACACCAUCAACAGGAUAAACACGAUGCAGAGGCAAAUUGAUGAUAUUUAUCAGAGCAUUGCUGACACCUCAGUAACUGCACAGGGUUUGGAGCGUUCCUACCUAGAGAGCACCUUGCCGCGAACCCUGGCCCACGUCCCAGUUGGGGACGCUAGUCACCGCUACUCGGAUCAGAAAAACGGGGUACACUUCCAGGACCAGAUGUCUGGUCCUCGAAUGCUUCGUGUCAUCGGAGCUGAUAUAGUUCCAACCUCGGGCUACAGCACUCUUCCUACGAAAACACGUCGCCAACCAGUAGGUUUCGCUAAUUACCCUUGCGGCACUGUGCCCACUUCUAAUCCCAAGUGUUACCGAACCAUGUACCUCGUCCCAUACACCGGGAUCACGGAUCCAGCCUAUCAGAAUCUGCAGAGGAUCCUCCCAGCUCAGUCGACACCGACGAACUACGCGAACCACAUCGACCGAUAUCCCUACCCUAGGAAUCGAGUUGAUCAGCAGCCAAGGUAUUACGUCCGUCCCAACAAUCCUGCUACUUCGACUCUCCCAAGUCACCAUCCUCAAGCGCAGCUGCAUCUUCACUUGCAUCAGCCCGAAGAAUUCCAUAUGGGCCCUCCAGGCAUGAACCACACUAUCCACUCCAUGCAUAUGCAGCAUCAUCAGCAUCACCAGGUCGCAUCCUACAGUGGUCAGCCAGUGCCAGCUUAUACAGUGAUUGCUCCGCCUAGAGGAACGACACCUUAUUCGCAUCAAGUCCAUCUGACUCGAAGUGCGAGCGACGUUCAGACUCAGACAGUCUCCUUAGCUCCAACAGUCAGUCUUCCUGGUGGACCUUCCCUCACCACCUACACUGGAAGCACUCAGAUUCUUGGCACGAUGACUUCUGCAGCGAUUUUAUCCUCCCCGACGAAGCAUCAGCAACAGAGGAAUAAUCCCUGCAAUGUUGCUGAGCGUGGAGUUCCCGAGGGCGCUGCGAGUGCACCAGCUCACGAUUUUAAUCAGACGAGUUCUGCCAAUUCGAGUCAUACAGCCACGAACUCGUUCAUAGGUCAUCCCAGCAACGUGCCUCCGCCCAACACACAGAACUCCGUGUACUACGCGAUGAACGUGUAAACGGAUUUCUUGGAGGGUUUCACCUUACGGCUAAUUAAGUCGAGGGAAAGGAACGAGAGUUUUACUUGUACUGCGCGCGGCCAAGCGUGUUAGAAUUGUUGGAAGAGAUUGCCAGAGUUAUAGCAGUAAAAUAGGCAUGGCCGAGCGGUGACAAUGUUAAAUUUGGGUGCACCGCAUCCGCAGCCUGCGAUGGUUGCUGUGGCUGCGCCAAUAAGGAAACGGGGUCACGUACGGGUUGCAGGUACGCGGUCUUCGUUUCGCUAUGUUACCCACGAGUAUUCGAGUUUACCACGUAGUACAGUGGAUUAUUAGUUGGGUCACAAUUGGCUUAUGGGUUUUAUGGUUGCAGUCUGGCUUGGCUUAAGAAAAAAGCCGAUUCAUGUAGAGAACGCUGAGGUCUCUAGCAAAUAGUGGCGCGAUAGCAAGAAUUGCUGGUCUUAUCGGUCCCGAUUUGCAGUCCUGUCUCAGGAUAGGUUGACUAAUUUCAUUGCAUUCAAUGUUGAAAGAAUUUACAGGUUUGAUUUGACAGUCUUCGAGUUGUAUUUAGCAAGCUUAAACUUUCGGACAUUGAUUAGAAGAUUGAAUUUUCAAUGGAAUUAAUUUAGAGACCUUGAAAAUUGAAAUUCAGUCUAACAAUUGGAAAAUACUCUAAUAUUGGAAUCUGACAUCUUGGGAGCGCUAGUAUCGCGGGCUCGUGAAACAAGGUAGAAUUUUUUAGGGGCAUUUUAAUUUAGACUUAAAAACAAAUUGAUUAUUGAACGAAUCCAUUUCAAAUCAGAUAGGUUUUACACUGGAAGUUGCAGACUCUCUCGGGGACAAAAUAUGUUGUUUUUCAGAGGAAAUUAGGCGAUACGUAUUUUUUUGAUUUGUGAAAAAAAAAUUCACGAAGCUAUGUGUGUUUGAAUUUUU